UCGAGUGUUGAUGCAUUGUGUGCCAGAGGUUCCCAUGAAAGUCGCCUGAUCUGAUCAUCUAAUGAUAUUAGACUGAAAAUGAAACCUCGUAUACGUGAUCGGGAUCUACCACCACCAGAUAAAUGUCAAUUUGUGCACGUCUCGGCUGAUCAUGAGCUGUUUUUGCAAGCAUUUGAAAAACCGACGCAGAUUUACCGUUAUUUACGGAGCAGAAAUGUAGUUUCGCCAGUAUUGUUGAACAGGAACCUGUUGUACAUGAGAAAGAGGCUAUCAAGACCAGAAAAGAGGAAGAGAUCAACAUUUAAGAUUGAUUCAUUGCUAGAGGAGAUCGCACAGAAAGACGACAACAGUUCACAAAAUGCCAAGCAGAAAUCUGGGUUCCUCAAUUUAGAAUUUCAUGGACUUUAUCAGAGAGAUUUGCCAAAUAACAACACCGUUGAAAAAGUUGAUGUCCAGCCAAUUCUGUUAAAGCUUUGUCACAAAAAACGGAAGGGUACAUUUGGGCAUUUAUCCCAAACGGAGCUCGGGAAGAUAGAAGUGCCAUACAACCCAGACAAUGUGACAAAAGGAACCUCACCAACAGUGACUGUCAGUAGUGAACAGUUCAGCCAAACGAAUGGACAUUCGGGCAAACCGUUGGUGUUGGCGAUCAAGGCAUACUUCAAGCGGAAGAAGUUACAGAAUGGACACUGCCCUGCUGAAGGGGAUGACGCAGUGGUGGAACCCAAGCCAAAGCGGUCACGAUUUUCAAAAAUUCCUGAAGUCCCAGAAAAUGAUGCGUGUGUUUAUAGUGCAGAACUGACUGUGUUUGACAAACAUAAGCAUUGCCUGCUGACAGACGGGGCUUAUGAGUUAGCACUGCAGGAGACUCAUAAACCAAUGACGAUAUCUGACAAUGAGACGGACUGGGAGUCGUUAAAAGAUGGCCAGCCUCUGGGACCAUUUGAAAUCUUCAGCAGCUGUCCUAUCGUCAAGUUCCAUCUCAGUUGGACGAGUGCACCUGCAGCUCAGGACAAAUCAUCAUUGAACGACAACCUAGCUGUCAAUGACCAUUGCAAUAAUCAUCUCUAUGACAAGCAAAGCAAACUAUUUGGCCUCGACAUUCCCAGCGAUCUCUCCAAGGAUGGACAACAGACUCCAACCAAACCGACCAAGCUCUAUUAUCAGUUCAACUAUCAUAACAACACAAGGCAGCAGACGGAGAGCAGGGAUGACCAUAUAUGUCCAUGGUGCUUAUUAAACUGUAUGGAGCUGUACAGUCUCCUAAAACACCUACGGUUAUCCCAUGCUAGGUUUAACUUCACAUACACUCCUGACCCCAAAGGUGCUAGAAUCGAUGUAACCCUCAAUGACUGCUAUGAUGGAUCAUAUGUAGGCAACCCUCAGGAUCUUCACUCACAUAUUGGGUAUGCAUAUAGUAGGAAUGGACCAGUGCGACGCACACCCGUCACUUAUAUCACUGUCUAUAGACCAAAACGCAACGUGCCAAGUCUUUCUGAAUUCCUGGAGCAUGAAGAACCGGAGACUGGUCGAAACCGUCAGAUUGUGCAGGGUCACAACCGCCUGUAUUAUCAUACUGUCACAAACCAACCAGUCCGACCAGAAGAGAUCGACCGAGACAGCGAGGAGGAGAACGACCCUGAGUGGCUUAGACAGAAAACAAUCAAUCUUAUUGAGGAGUUCACUGAUGUCAAUGAAGGAGAGAAAGAGGUCAUGAAGAUGUGGAACCUUCAUAUCAUGAGAAACAACUAUAUCGGUGACUGCCAGCUACCCACUGCCUGCCAAACAUUCGUCGCCAAAUAUGGACCAACAAUCGUUGAAAAGAAUCUCAGGAAGAACUUCUUGUUGCAUUUGAUAAACCUGUACAACUUCAGCUUGAUACGGUCGGAUACGAUUCUGAGGACGCUAGUGUUAUAUGACCAAUUAGCCGAUUCUUUGAUGGAGUCUAAAUCAGAGGAAACACAAGUUUAACUGCAUAUUUUGAUUGUGUUAUAGAGGGUUUUGUCCAUCCCAGCUUUACAGUGCUGAUGGUGUUUCUUAUACUGGUUUGGUUUACCAAGACUGAAAUCCUUGAAAAUUCGAUAAUUUAAAGAUCUUUGGAUGGUAUGUUCAUAAACUUGGCAUCAGUUCACUGGAAAUCAUAUUCUGAUAUUUCUGUGAGUUUGUCGCAGUACAUGUAGCUUCCCCUUCUCAGCUCAGUGCUUGGAACAACCUGUGACUUGCUUUUCCUGCCUGCACUAUAUCAUGAGAACAAUUUGACUGGAUGUGUUAUUGUUCUUUCACAGUUAGAAUACAGAUAAGAUGUUCUUCUGUAUGUUCCAAAUGCCCUGUCAAUACCACACUUGCAUGUAUGUUGUGGAGGAGGAACACAAUGACAGGCUUUGAAUAUACAUGUACCUGGCCUACUUGGCCUGGAGCUGACUAUCCCUCAUAAGUGGCUUUUUGUGCUCUCAAACUGUUCGUGCCUAUUUUUGCAUGAAAUUUGAUAAAGUUGAUUUGUACAAUGUACUGUAUGUAUGGCAAAACUCUUGAUAUCAUAUACCAAGGCUAACCAGGCAUGAAUGUCUUGCAUGUCAGCUAUUUUUCAUUCAGAAGAUUUUGGAAUUCUGAAAUGGAGCAUUUUGAAUGAGAAGAAUGUAAACUGUGUACAAAACAUGGGGGGGGGGGGGCAUUACCAGGUUAUGUGUUCAGUUGAUUAAUUGUAAAUAGCAUGUGUAUUUCUGAUGCAUGAAACAGAUGUCAGGGAAAUUUUGUAUUUGGACCCUUAUGUAACACCAAUUAUAUAACACCAGUGGGCAGGUUUGAAUAAAUUGUUCUUCACGAAUUACUUUGAACAUGAAUUAUUGAAGUGCAUUCUUGCAGGUUUUACCAUUACUUCAUUUGUAAAUAGAUGAUCGUGUCCUCAGGUGGUAAAAGUGUCCAGCUUGGAUGCGGCCAAACAGAUAUGCAAUGUUGACCUUGUACAGGGUCAGAAAUACAGUUUCUAUUUUCUCUUUUAAAA